AUGUUGCUGCACCUGCAACAAAAGCCCCAGUUCGUCUGCUUUUACUUAAGUUUGCUGAUUUGGUCAUGGUCAUGGUGGAGUCUUGACGGCGUCGUUUCGGACCCACAGACCAACUUCGUAAAACUAGGGUGCACCCAGUACAACGUGAGUGACUUGUCCAUCUUCAGUGACAACUUAAACAUAACUCUGAGAGACCUGAGAGCUCAAAUCAGCAACCAGAGCAAGCACUUCGCGACGGCGCAGGCCGUGAAGGGUAACAAUCCGGCGUACGGCCUUUUCCAGUGCAGAAACUGCCUCUCCAUCAAAGAUUGCCUCGCUUGCUUCGACUUCGCCGCCGUUCAUAUACGAAACUGCUCUGUCGGCGUCGCCGGUGCCCGUAUCAUCUACGAAGGUUGCUUCCUCAGGUAUGAGAGCAGUGGAUUCUUCGAUCAGAACACAGAUGCUGGGAACAACAUAAUCUGUGGGAAUCAGACGAUCAGAAACACCACAGGACUUUCUUCAACUGUGCAACAAGUUCUAACGAAUCUGGACAUAGCAGCCCCAAGAAUCAGUGGUUUUUAUGCAGCCACUAAGACGCCUGUGCCUAACAGUAAUGGCUCAAACAUUUAUGCCAUUGCUCAAUGUAUUGAAACUCUCACACAAGUUGGCUGCCAGGAUUGCCUCAACAUUGCCUUAAGAAAUUUCCAGAUCUGUCUUCCCAACUCAAAUGCUAAGACUUAUGAUGCUGGUUGUUUCAUGAGAUACUCCACCACAGCCUUCUUUGCUGAUAAUCAAACCAUUAAUAUUAAUCCCUUUUGA